CAGCGUUGAGUUUGGCGCAGACUGGCUUUGCUUUGACAUUUUUUACACUACCAGAUAAAGGAAGCUGGAAAUACGAAUAUCUUCAUCAUAAACGGCACCUGUAUUGCGUUAUUGUUAAUCAUUUGGAAUUGUAAAAGACGUUUUUCGAUGGUAUAAUUUUCUAUAAUUUAUUUGGAAACAUGGAUUUCGGAAAAUUUGUCUCCCGGACUCUAAGAUGGCGUUGCCACAGCCUGACGUCGCAAAGGCUUCUCUUUAUUCUUUGUCUCAGUCAUAUUGCCUCUGGUCAGAUACGUUAUUCUAUCCCAGAAGAGAUGAAGAAGGGAUCCCUUAUUGGUAAUGUCGCUUUGGACCUUGGAAUAGACAUGCAGAGGCUCCGUUCUGGCCGGGCCCGUAUCGUGACCGGAGAAAGCAUCCAGUACACCGAGCUGAAGACAGACAAAGGGACUUUGGUUGUGAAUGAGCGAAUAGACCGAGAGCAGCUUUGUGGAGACGUGACGCCGUGUAGCUUCAGCUUUGAUUUGAUUUUAGAAAACCCGAUGGAACUACACCAUGUUACGGUCGAAGUAUUGGAUAUUAAUGAUAAUUCACCUUCCUUUCAUCAGCACGACAUGCAGCUGACCAUCGGAGAAUCAGCAGCACCGGGAGCGCGUUUUGUUUUACCCACAGUCAAUGAUCCUGAUGUAGGAGUUAACGGGCUUCAGGACUAUAAUUUAUCUCCAAAUGAAAAUUUUAUUUUAAAAAAGCAUUCAAAUACUGACGGAAGAAAAUAUGCGGAGAUGGUACUUGAGAAACCGCUGGAUAGGGAGCGAUAUCCAAGUCUGUCUCUAAAGCUGAUAGCAGUGGACGGUGGAACACCGCAGAAAUCUGGUACAGUAAAUAUAGAUAUCACUGUCCUAGAUGCUAACGAUAACUCUCCUGUUUUUAAUCAGUCAGUCUACAAAGCCACUGUAAUGGAAAAUGCCGCAAAGGGUACCUAUAUCAUCACUGUGAAUGCAACUGACGCAGAUAGCGGAUCAAAUGGUUUGAUUUAUUAUUCUAUUUCCAAAAUGCAAGGCAGUAUUGACAGUAUAUUCGAAAUUGACAAGACAACGGGUGUAAUAUUUCUCGCAGGACAGGUUGACUAUGAAAAAGCUAAGAAGUAUGAAAUUCGCAUUGAAGCAACAGACCAAGGAGCUUUAACAGACUCGAGUAAAGUCAUAGUUGAGGUGACUGACGUAAAUGAUAACCCACCUGUUAUUAAUGUGAUGUCAUUCACUAGUCCUGUCUCAGAGGAUUCUCCUCCUGGUACAACUAUUGGGAUUAUAAAUGUGAAAGAUCUUGAUUCAGGUGAUAACGGACAAGUAAAUUGUAGAAUAGAACAAAAUGCACCUUUUAAGAUUAAAUCUAGUUUAAGGAAUUACUACACUUUAGUGACAGACACUGUAUUAGAUCGUGAAAGUGUUUCAGAAUAUAACAUCACUGUUGUUGCGACAGAUGCAGGAAUUCCGUCUCUUUCGACAAAGAAAACAUUUAAUGUAAAGGUCUCUGAUGUAAACGAUAAUGCUCCAGUCUUUCCACAAGGCGUUUACGACGCGUUUAUUACAGAGAAUAACUCUCCAGGGGUUUCUGUUCUCACUGUAAGGGCGCAAGAUCCUGAUGGAAACCAAAAUGCACGUAUAUCUUACAUUCUGGAUGUUAAUGACAUAGGCGGAUCUCCAGUCUCUGAAUAUGUGUCUAUUAGUGCAGAAAGCGGAGUGAUACACGCAGUGCGCUCAUUUGAUUAUGAACAAAUCAAACAAUUGGUUUUCGUCGUCAAAGCUCAGGAUGGAGGUUCCCCUCCACUCAGUAGCAAUGUGACUGUGAAAUUAAUAAUUCGGGACCAGAACGACAACCCUCCUCAGGUUCUGUACCCAGUCCAGACUGGUGGCUCUCUGGUGGCUGAGAUGGUGCCUCGUUCAGCAGAUGUCGGCUAUCUGGUCACUAAAGUGGUGGCUGUUGAUGUGGACUCUGGACAGAAUGCCUGGCUCUCCUAUAAACUGCAGAAAGCCACAGACAGGGCGCUGUUUGAAGUGGGCUUACAGAAUGGAGAAAUAAGAACUAUCCGCCAAGUCACUGAUAAAGAUGCUGUGAAACAAAGACUGACUGUUAUAGUGGAGGACAACGGGCAGCCCUCUCGGUCAGCUACAGUCAUUGUUAACGUGGCGGUGGCGGACAGCUUCCCUGAAGUGCUGUCGGAGUUCACUGACUUUACACACGACAAGGAGUACAAUGACAACCUGACUUUUUACUUAGUGUUGGCUUUGGCUGUAGUUUCCUUCCUCUUCAUCACGUGUUUAGUGGUUAUUAUAUCAGUGAAAAUCUACAGAUGGAGACAGUCUCGCGUCCUGUAUCACUCCAAUCUCCCUGUGAUUCCAUAUUAUCCUCCACGUUACUCAGACACUUUGGGGACAGGGACUCUCCAACACGUGUACAAUUACGAGGUGUGCAGGACGACUGACUCCAGAAAGAGUGACUGUAAGUUCGGCAGAGCUGGUAGUCAGAACGUGCUGAUAAUGGACCCCAGUUCUACAGGGACGAUGCAGCGGAUACAGAGUGAAAAGAGCAUCCUGGAUGAACCAGAUUCUCCUAUAGAGGUGAGGGGCAAUAUGCUAAGUCUUGUUUUUGUGAAAUGA